AUGAGCUUUCAACUACAGCCGGCUCAUUUCCCGAAAGAGUAUGCUGCGGCGAUCGUCGAGACGCAGGAAAUGAAGCAGGACAUCCAGGUGGCGGAGCAGGAGAACAAGACAAAGGUCAUCCGAAAGCAGACGGAGCUCUUCAGCGCAAGGCAACUCGCCCACCAGAUCGUCAUCAAAGCCGAGGGCGACGCACAGCAAACUCUGGUUUCCAACCAGGCCGACGUUGCCCAGUUCAAGUACCGGCAACAGGUCCUUGCCGAGGGAUAUGCACGCGCGCUGCAGUUCUUCAGUGCCAGCGGCCAGGAUGCUGUCCCGGAAUUUUUGAGCUACAUGAAGCUGGAGGCUUUCAAGGCCCACGACAACAGCAAGAAGACCGUGAAGCUGACGCCAGUCUCCUGA